AUGGAUCCGGUGUCAGCGUUUGGCUUGUUCACGGGCGCAAUUCAGGUUCUGCAAGCCAUCGCAUCGACGGUGGGGGGCCUCCGUCAGCUAACCGGGAAAUUGCGGGAGGCUGAUCUGACAAUUCACUCGCUUGUUCAGGAGUUGACGUGUAUCCGGACUGCCUUGACCAGCCUGAAGGAAUGGCUGCGUAUCCACCGAAGUGGCCACAAUGGAGCCAAAAUGAGCGGACUCGACCAAGAUCUGGCGGUGGCGAUGGAUGGAUGUCGUAUAAUCAUGGAUGUCCUGUCUGAAGAGGUAUUUGACUUGGUUCAGAGUGCCCAUAGCAAUGGAGGCAUUGGUUUUGGAACUCGCAUGAAGAUUGUAUGGAACGAUGAGGCCAUGCGAGGCCAUCAAGAGAAGCUUCAUGCUCAAGUGCAGGCACUGCAGCUGCUCCUUCAAGCUACGACGCGUCAGAUCAUUGGGAAAGUCGCGGAUGAUACUGCGACGCUGAAGACCGGCAGGGCAAGUAGGAUAGGCGACGCAGACAAUAUCUCCGAAAGCAGCAGUCGGCGACCAAUUAGCGAUCGCAUUUUUGAUUUCGAUGCCGCUAUCAUUGAUUCUCCUGUAUAUCAGCGAGCUUUGAAUCAGUGGAAUGCCCCCAGUUUACCUCCAGACACACGACCCCAGCAGAGCGAACCCAGCAUCAACAUCAGCCAAACCUCAUUCACAGACGAGGGCUAUGGAAGUUAUCUUUCCGAAAAUAUCAACAAUAGCAUUUCAUCAUCGUGGACUACGCCUACCCAGGUACAUGGACACCUCCUGGCUGUGCCAAACAGUCCUGCGGGUCCAGUUCAUCCCGGACACAAUAGGAGUAUAUCGCAGACUCAAGUGUCCCAGCGGACACAGCCCGGAAAUGCACGAAGAAGUGUCUCAGAUUCGAAAGUAUCACGUCUGCAAUCAUCCGGGUCCAGACUAGAGCGGCUAUCAUCCUUUUUGGGACGUAUGAAUACGUCUAGUCGAAUAAGUUUACGGGUCCCAGCUGGGAACUCACAAUUUGUUUCCACAAGCUCAUUUGCGCGACGCACGAAUCGUUUUAGACCGAACUUUCAUAUCAGCAUUGACCUUUCUAAAUAUGGGGCCUCAGUACCGCCCCUAGUGAAGGCAGCCCAGGUGGGAUCUCGAGAUGAGGUCGAACGGCUCCUCAUACAGGGCGACAAUGUAGAGGAACGGCAUGAAGAAUCAGGCCGCAAUGCUCUGUUGGUUGCCUCGCACUGCGGAAGAAAAGAAGUAGUUGAUCUGUUGAUUCAUUGUGGAGCACAGCUGACCGUAACCGAUGGCUCUGGAGAGACAGCCCUCCACCUUGCCGCAUCUCGUGGGCACUGGGAGACAAUGGAGCUGCUCUUGGUUGAAAGCAGUCUACUGGAUACUCCAAAUCUCAAAGGCCGAACAGCGCUGAGAGUUGCUGCCGACUGUGGUCAGCCAGAAGCUGUACAGGUCCUGCUCAUCCACCACGCUCAAGUCAAUGCCCGUGCAGAAAAUCAAAUGACGGCUUUCCAUGCUGCAGCAAAGCGAGGGGAUGCGGAGAUUCUGCAGCUUUUGUUGAGCAAUGGCGCGGACUUGGAGGCCAAAGAUGGCAUGAUGAUGACGGCCUUGCAUUAUUCAUGCGAGGAGGGCCAUCUGGAUGCUAUAGGGCUAUUACUAAAAUUUAAAGGCAAUAUUGAAGCGCCAGGCCGGGAUCGCAAAACUCCGCUGAUAUGUGCUGCCGAAAAAGGUCAAACAAAAGCCGUUCAACUUCUCUUACAACAGAGAGCUUCUUCACGUAGUGUUGAUGAUACUGGAAUGACUGCACUUCACUGGGCAGCCUACAACGGUCACGAGGAAACGGUCAGAGUUCUCAGUGAGAGAAAAGGUGCUCUAGAAACGGUCAAUAGUGUCGGGCGUACAGCUCUGCACUUGGCAGUUAUGCAGUCGCAGUUCGCUGUGGUGGAGCUAUUGCAACGAAUGGGAAUUCCCCUCGAAAGACGGUGCAAGACCGGCCUUACGGCGCUUCAUUAUGCCUGCAUAGCGGAAAGCUUCGAUAUCACCAGGCUUUUGAUACUGACCGGUGCCGAUAUCGAGGCUGUCGAAUCUCAACAUCAGCAACGGCCUCUGCAUAUUGCAGCAACCAGAGGCUCCAUAUUUAUAUUGGAUGCGUUGUGUGACAAAGGAGCUUCUCUUGAUGCUCGCAAUGGAGUCGGUGACCGACCAAUUUCCGUCGCCAGUCGCUUCGGAAAUGCUGAGAUCGUGCAAAGAUUACUCGACCGUGGAUCACCUCUCUCUCUGAAGUUUGGUGAUGGACCUCGAGAGGAUUCUCCUUUAUGCUUGGCUGCUAUGGGUGGUCAUUGGCACGUUGUUUCCUUGCUGAUAAUGAAUGGCGCAUCCAUUCUGAAGCAGGAUGAGGCAGGCUGGUCACCAAUUCGUUACGCUGUAUAUCAUGGCCACCCGGAUGUGUUACAGUUGCUCCUAUCUAGUGGCAAGAUACCUGAUACCAUAAUUCCCGAUCUUCUUCGCAUGCCUGAAAUCGUUGGGUUUUCUCAUGGUAUUCCGGAGGAUAGAAAGCAUCAAGUCCAGAGCGUUCUCCAGCAAAAUUUGCAUCAAAACCAUCCAAUCGCACCGCCAUCUUCAUUCGGAGCAUCACAUCAAGAGAGUCCGCGCAUCUCCAUGAUUGAAAAUAGCUCUUCUGUUUCCCAGUCAGUUAGUUUUGCCGUUGAAGCAGAUAGCUCCACGCCAUUUGAGCUGCCUGGAAGCUUGGACCAAGUACCGCCCAAUACCAACAAUGGUCCUAUUUCUCCUAGGUCAGACGUAUCUAUUCCGAGACAAACAGAUGACAGAAAUGUCUUGUAUGCAAGUGACAGAGUCACCAAGUUACAGAAUGAGGCCCGCGGGAUAUCAAAAGCCACGCCUUCAAACAAGCGGCGUGUCAGAUCCCGAAGUCGAAGUAUAUCUCGAAACAGAGAAUCGCCACUCUUAUCUGCGACAUUUAUGCCCGUCACGUCCUCUUCAUUUAUAAUGCCCCAAGCGAACCUUUCAUCCACGCAAACGCGAUCCCUCGCAUAUCGUACAAAAAGCGGAACGCUGAAUCGUCUCUCUCUUUCUAAUUCCAACUCAGAUCUCUCCGAGGUCGACCGCAUCCCCCGAACACUUCCUAUGCAAAGAUCAUCAUCGCACCGGGCUGAAUCUAGGACCCGAGCAGAGAUGCAAAAGGAUGAUGAGUCAGACUCGGACUCAAUAUCUUCCGUCUAUACGGCACCGGAGGGGGGGAUUAUUUAUUUGACACUGCUACAAGUAGUGCAGGCGUCGAAUAUUGAAACCCUACCAAAGGUCUUCUGUGAUGUAUAUAAUGGUAAUCAUUUAUUGGAGAAUAUCUACCCGAACAAAUCACAGAAACAGUAG